AUUUUGGUAUUGGAGUCGUGUGGGGACAGUUUGGACUCGAUCCAGUCGUUCCCUCAGCUUACGACGAGCGCACUAUUGCCGUCGUUUGGCUUACUACUCCGUGAAUAACUUUGCAAUACCACUACCGUGCUACAUUUUUAUCAAACAUACGUGCGUGAAUUAUGUGACAAUGUGAUCCGUGUUGUGCAAGUACCGUGUCUAUAGUGAACCAAUUAAGGACUAAAUUACAAGUGAAUGUUUAAUGGUUUAUGUGUAAAAUUAAAAAAUGAUUUAUUGAUAUUUAUAAUCGGUAUAUGAAAGAGAUAGUUGAUGCGAAUGACUCAUUAUGUAUACUGACCAUAAAGUAAAGAGCAAACAAACAAUAAAACAUCGAGUAUUUUCAGCUCCGCGGAGCAUAAAACGAAGAAGCCGAACUCAUAAACAUGGCUGCUAACCGGCACGCGAGUUUGCAUAUAAAUCACAAUAUGUUUAUUUGUGUUGUUGUCUCCCUCUUACUACCGAUGGUUGGUAGGAGUGCGGCGGGGAUAGCCGGCUAUUCCCGAUUGAACGACGAGGGCAGAAGAACUGUGGAGUACCAUUUGAGGCAAGGAGCUUUGAGGGGGCUGAUUGUGAAGCCGAGUAGACAGUAUGAUCUGCAGUAUGUGGAGAUGUUCCUCGGUAUACCGUAUGCUGCUCCUCCGAUUGGAAAUAUGAGGUUUAUGCCUCCAGGUAGUGCUCUCCCAUGGUCUGGUGUCAAAAUGGCGACCCGCUUUGCACCAGUUUGCCCUCAAUCACUACCACCAAUAAAAAAGGGAAACCCUCCCUCAUUGGGUCGUCAGAACUACAUGAAUAGAUUGAAACCAUUCCUCGCGACUGAGUCUGAAGAUUGCCUGUAUCUGAACAUUUAUGUUCCACAUAGAGAUACAAAGACCAAGAAAUUCCCAGUGCUUGUCUUCAUUCAUGGCGACUCGUUUGAGUGGAGCUCCGGUAACCCGUACGAUGGCAGAAUACUGGCUGCCUAUGGAAACAUAAUGGUGAUUACUUUAAACUUCAGAUUGGGAAUACUUGGUUUUAUGAAGCCAAGCACAACAGAACAUGAAUACGGUAAUAAUGGACUGCUGGAUCAGCUUGCAGCACUCACCUGGAUCAAGGACAAUAUACAGGAUCUAAACGGAGAUCCUACAUCUGUGACACUGAUGGGUCACGGUACGGGUGCAGCCUGUGUCAACUUUUUGAUCCUAUCACCUAUAUCUAAUGGUUUAUUCCAUCGAGCCAUUUUGAUGUCGGGCUCAGCAUUAUCGGAUUGGGCUAUGACAAAGAAUCCAUUGCAAUACACACUACAAGUAGCCCAGAGUAUAGGCUGUAAUCCCAGUUCAAAGAAUCUGAUGAGUUGUCUACAAAAUAAACCUUUAUCAGAGAUCAAGAAGGUUCAGAUAUUGGCGAGAGAAUUCGAAACGCCACUAGGUCCCACGGUAGCCGGUAAUUUCAUAACCAACGAGCCUAAGGAGACGAUGGAGUCUUUCCCUAACUUGUUGAGCAGAUAUCAACUUCUAAGCGGAGUGACAGAAAUGGAGAGCUAUCACGAUUUCGGGGUCAUUGAACUCGACCAUGGUAUUCUAGAAAAUCAAAGGGAUGAUUUUAUUGUCAAAUAUAAUAAAAUUAUUUUCGAAGGGGCUGGUAGAGAGGCAUUGAAGGAUAUAUUGAAACAGUAUUCACCAUCGAAACUGGACCCUCAGCGUUGGAGCGUAGAAGCUAACAGGGAUGUGAUAUUAAAUAUAUUCAGCGACGCCAGAACUCUUUCUCCAGCCAUCAAUUUCGCGAACUACCAAUCAAAAGCCAAUAGACAAUCGUAUUUCUACGUAUUUGGACACAAUUCUGUCAGCACAGACUAUGCACCGUUAAACAAAAGCGUCCACGGCGAGGAAUUGCCGUAUGUAUUGGGAGUACCUCUUGGCGGUGCGAAUACGCACUUCCAUACAGAAUAUACGCAGAAGGAGAAGCUGUUGAGUGAAGUAAUGAUGAGAUUGUGGACGAACUUCGUAAAAAUAGGUACGCCCAACACACAAAGCGUGAAUAAGUACUUCACGUUAGACCACAAACACUGGGGUCAGUACAAUGUGGAAUGGCCGGAGUACGAUGUCGAGCAUCAGUCGUAUUUGAAGUUGGAUAUACCACCCUACAUCAGCAGUCUGUAUCGUUCGAACUACACGAACUUCUGGCUUGAGACGUUACCUAAAAAGAUGAGGAGGUUCCUUAUUGAUCCACUGCUCGAGUACACUCCUAGGCCGACCACACAGAAACCUAAGUCAACACACCGUGUCCCAGAUCCAAUCCAAAAAAUAUGGAAGCCUCAAGUGGCGGAGCCUCCUCGAUAUAGUGCUCCUACAUAUGGUAGGGUUCGAUUGUACUCUCCUCCGGAGACGCGAUCAGAGCCAGAUAUAAUAUAUGGGCAGACACAGUCAAUGAAACCCAUUCCACGUACAGUACCACCGAAUUUAAUGGACAAAGCAGUUCAACCUACUGAGAAACCUCUAAAUCCUAAUUUGCCAGUAAAGAUGUCUGGCGCUACUGUAACCCUUAUUAUAUCACUCGGUAUAUUAUUCUUAGCUGUAAAUGUAGGUAUAUGUUCCAUAUUAUACUUUAAGAAACGUAAGUUACGUAUUCGAGAGCAAGCUUUUGAAAUCCCUCGACAACCUCGUGCAGAUGUCGGGGAAGUUGAUGUAAUAGGACAAAAAGGUUCCAAAGAUGACAAAAGUGCUUUACAGACGUUUAAAAAUGGUUGCAGCGUUAUAAAGUCUAUGAGUUUUAAUAAAUUACGUGAAAAAAAGCACAAGAAAAAGUCGGAACCAUGUAAAACACCUAAGUCUGAUGAUUCAGGAGGAUUUAGAGAAAGAUUUCAAUUGAGAAGACAUCUAUCUACUAGCACAUUGGAUGCGCAUACAAAGGUAAGAGACUGGAUUGCUAACGAAGUUAUGCAUAGAUGUUCUCCAGGCAUUAUGAGGAAAUCAAACUCCGAUUUAAACAACGACAAAAGGUUGACUGUAAUUAAACCUUUUACUAGAUCCGAAGAAUUAUUAUCCGAUGUAAAGCGUUCUAAAAAAGAAGUCAACAAUGUUGAAGAUGUGAAUUCAACAAAUAAUGCUUACAGAAAAUCUGGUAACAAAACAAGAACGUCUGAGAAAACCACUUCAACAUCUGCCCUAGACUCACACUCUUCUAUAGGAAGCAACAAAAAUUCAACAUUGAGUAUAAAACAGACUAGAAAAUCUAGUGAUUCUCUCAGAAGCAAGGGAACAGAAAGUAUUAAAUCAAAGAAAGUAUCUGUAGCAAUCGACGCUACACCAGCUGCACGUACAAACUCUAUACUAAAACAAGAGCCGAUAGAAAUUUAUAAAUCAUUUGACUGUGGAGAAACAAGGCAUUCCAAUAAUGAAAAUAUACUAGAAAAAUCUAGAACUGAAGACGAUAUUAAUUUGAAUAUAGUACAAAAUAACCCUGUUGAUGAAAUUAAUGAAACAAAAACAUAUACUAACGUAGUAAUGUUGUCAGUUGACCAAGAAAAACCGUUAAGAAUAUCUCACAAACAUUCCUCUUCAGAUCCUGUAACUGAUGUUAACUAUGAUAAACUUAUGAAAGAUAAAAGAGAGUGUGGUAAUCAAAUUAUUAAUAUCCUUCCUCCUGUUACUUUUAGAAAUGAUAUAAAUGUAACAUCAUAUGAUGAACGUACCAAAGUUGAACCUUUGACUGCUGAAGAAGCUUUAUUAACUAUAAAAAGAAGAAACUUUCCGAAAGUACUUCCAGAUUUACCUAAAACGCAAAAACGAUUAUCCUUACAACCUACUAGUUUACAAACAUUUCGAAAUUAUAUUGAAAAUGCAGAUAAUCAAUGUGAUCGCCCUAAAGUCCCACCACAGCCUCCUCCUAGAACAACAACGUUAGAUCGUCGCCUUGCUUACAGAAAUACAAAACCUUUAAACUCUUUCGAUUCCUUUAAAUCCAGCAAUAUAUCGGAAACAUAUAAUUCUGAUAAUAAUUAUGAAAAUAUUGAUUCUUUAACACCACAUUACGACUCCAGUCAAACAAAUAUCAGACUACCUGAUUCUAUCACGCAAAAAAGUCCAACUGGUUCAGUAAUAACAACACCAAUAGAAAGAGACUAUCCUAAAGUGAUAAUAGCAUCAAGUAACAUUCCAUUAUUACAAGAUCCGAGGAUAAUUAUAAAAGCCCCCUCAAGUCAAAUAGAAUUACCAUCUAAUAUUCCCAGAAUAAGAUUACCUGAUGAUUUUCAUUCUCAAGCAGGUUCCAUAACAUCUUUUUCUUAAUUCUGUUCUGAUGACCUAGAAUAAUAAGUUCUGGAAGAAGAAGAAGAUUUCUUAGAUGAUCUCACAGAAGACAAACUUAUAAAAGAAUUGGUUGGUGGAAUAGAAUCGCCAACUAAUAUGAGUGAAACUUUGUUAGAUACUAAAGGACCGGAUACAAUAUUUGAAAAAAAAUUAGAGAUCGUACCAGUAAAAAUAAAUAAGAGAGAAGUUGCUCCUAAGAGCAAUGAAGAUUAUAUUUAUAUAUCUGAUUUGCACUUACCUGGUAUAAGUGAAUUAGAUAAAACGGCCCAAAUCAAACCAAAUUUUAGUUUAAAUAAACUUCAACAUAGAACAGAAAGUAUCCAUAGGCCCCCAGAAAAGGCUGUAAAAUUAAAACCAAAACGAUCAAUCAAGCCUGCUUCGAUAUUGUCUAAAAGUAUUAAAGGUAAGAAGGGCAGUAAUAAAAGCAAAAGCAGUUCUAGUACAUUGGAGUAUUCAAAUUCCGGAUCUUCUAAUGACACAGAAACAAGUACUGGCACGGUAAAAAAAUUGAAAUAA